CUGUGAAUACAUAAACACAUGCGUGCACAAAUGUGCAUGUGUACGAUUUGAUUUGUAGAAUAAAGAGCUGGUUGAACUCGAAGCGAAGAAAAAUUAUUUUAAAGCAAACAUUUGCGUAUCCACAAAACGUAUCGCGAUGUGACAAAUUCAGGAGAUUUUUUUAUUGAAUUCUAAAACUCACUAAUCUGCGUAAGAUGGAUGAAUAGCAGCAUUGCAAGAUGUCUCAUAUUGAAUCAUGUAAAGUUCGGCAGCAACAUGAAGUAGAAGUUUUGAAGGUAUUAAAAUAUAUUUUCCAUUUUGGUGAUGAAUUAUGUGAUUUGAGGAAGAAUAAGAAUAAAAAGAAAUGGCAACCUCUGGAUAUUGUUGUUACCUUGACACCGCAGAAAGGUAUGUCUGGACCAGUAGAAGUCUAUGCACAAGUAGAUUUACACAUUAUAUGCAGCGACAAAUAUCCUGAUGAAGUACCAACUAUUCAAUUACAAGGUAGCAAAGGUUUGUCUCAUCAACAAGUGGCGGUUUUAUCAUCCGAGCUUGAAGACUUGGCAGAAAAAAUAAAGGGCGAAGUUAUGAUUUUUGAACUUAGUCAACAUGUUCAAAAAUACUUGCAUGAACAUAAUAAACCAGGUUACAGUAGUUUUUAUGAAGAAAUGGUAGAAAAAAAACGAGAAAGAAUCGAGUAUGAGAUGCAGGAAAAACAAAUGAAAGAAGACAAAGAAAGACAGAUAUUGCAAAACGCCAUACAGAAACGUCAAGAGGCUUUGAAAGCUGAAAAACGUGAUAGGAAAGAAACAAUUCGGCUAGCCACAGACUCUGAUACUGCUUUCAGAUCAAUACCAUCAUCUCCGCACGAAAGAGGGACAAGUCGUUUCAGACGCAGAUGUGUUAGCACGUCAGAAAGUUCUGAAGGAUCCCUAUGCGAGCAUAGGGGUACCAAGUUCAUGCAUUUUGAUAGUAAUAAAGGCGAGAGGCAAGUACAUCGAGGCAAAUGCUUGGGUCACAGUGCAAAAGGUUCCGUGGUAUACGCCGGUGUAGAUGAAACCACUGGAGAAUUAUUAGCCAUCACAGAAUGGACAUUAAAAUGCGCAGUGUCGAACGAAUGUCACCCUGCUCAAGAAGCUAUCGAUAUACAUUAUGCUAUGAAACAAAUCGCCAGCUUGGAACAAGAGCUCAAUCAUUUGUACAAACUGCACCACCCGAACCUCGUACAUUAUUUAAAUAUGAAAUAUCUACAAAACAACAACAAUAUCGUAAUAUAUAUAUUACAAGAAUUUGUGGUUGGAACCUCAUGCUCGGUCUUCUUGAUGGCAAACAUUCCAAUUGACAUCGAUACAUUGAGAUAUUUAGCAACUGGCGUCUUAGAAGCGUUACGAUAUCUCCACGAAAAUAAUGUGGUGCAUAAAGAUUUGCGCGACACCAGUGUUUAUAUAGAUCGCAUGGGUUUUGUAAGAUUAUCUGAUUACUCUUUAGAUAAGAGACUAUCAGACAUGUAUCAUUCAAACUCCUUGGCAAAGACUGAACACGAUUUUCCAACAAUUCAAGGUCGAGGAGGUAAAAAGGCAGAUAUAUACAGAUUUGGAAUAUUAUUACUUUCGUUGUUAAAAGGAACUAUUAUAUCCUCUGGGGAAGAAAUCGAUCUAACGGAAAUCUCACAGCUUUACUUGAGAGAUUUUAUUUCAAAGUGUCUUAUCAACGAUGAGAGGAUGCGUUGGUCCGCGGAACAAUUAUAUCAGCAUAGUUUUAUAAAAACGCCGUUAGAACGAGGUUUAUCUCCAUCAUCGCCAGUCCAUGAUGAAAAGGAGAAAGAUUUAGAGCCGGAGGAGCCGGAUAACGAUAUUCGAUUGCAUUUGCCAUCAAUGGAUGGACAAUCACGAAUACAGAAUGAAUUUGAAAUUUUAAAAUGGUUGGGAAAAGGAGCCUUCGGCGACGUUCUAAAAGUGCGAAACAAAUUAGACGGUGGUAUUUAUGCUAUCAAACGAAUAGAACUGAAUCCGAAAAAUAAACAACUGAAUAAGAAGAUUACGCGCGAGGUGAAAUUACUCUCUAGAAUGAAUCACGAGAAUGUGGUACGUUAUUAUAAUUCAUGGAUCGAAAGCGCUACCCUGGACGAUUCUGUCAGACAUAAUCAAUUUACACCAGUCACCACAUCUUCGGAUAGAACAACCACCACCCAGGACAAAAUAGAGAUAAUCAAUCAACUGGAAAGUGAUGAAAUAGAAAAAUUUGCUCCACCUUUACGCGACGUUGAAUGGAAUAUAUCGUACGAGUCUCGAGCAAAUGGUGCUGAUAGUGAUGAUGAUAACAGCGAUACCUCAACCGAUUCUGAUAGCGAAGAACAUUGUUUUUACAGAAUGCGAACCUUACUACGUAUUGAGUCUUCCGAUAGUAUUGAGUUUGAGAGAGAUGGUAUAUCACAAAAAUCCACAGUAACGCCAGAUGUUUCAAAAAAUGAUGUUAAAGACGUUGAAUCGACUAAUGAAGACGUAACUGUGAAGGAAAUACAAUUUAUGUACAUACAAAUGGAAUUUUGUGAGAAAAGUACAUUGAGAACUGCCAUAGAUAAUGGUUUAUACGAAGAUGAGGAACGCGUCUGGAGAUUAUUUCGAGAAAUUGUAGAAGGUUUAGCGCAUAUUCAUCAACAGGGUAUGAUACAUAGAGAUUUGAAACCCGUAAACAUCUUUCUGGAUAGUAACGAUCACGUCAAGAUAGGAGACUUUGGAUUAGCCACGACUAAUAUAUUAUCGACCUUAGUCCAAACUAUUGAUGCUGACAAAGAGUCACAAUUCGAGAAAGGUGGAAGUUUUGACAUAGAAGAAUUGGGAUCUCUCACCGGUCAAGUCGGUACAGCUUUAUACGUAGCACCUGAACUUUCCGCGAAAACUGCCAAGGCGAUCUACAAUCAAAAGGUGGAUAUCUACAGUUUGGGAAUAAUCUUCUUUGAAAUGACGAACAAACCAUUAACCACCGGAAUGGAACGCGUAAAAAUUUUAUUAAACUUGCGCUCCAAAGAGAUUGUCUUUCCUUCCGAAAUAGUGGAAGCAGAUAGGCCACAUCAAGUUCAUGUUAUACGUUGGCUGCUGAAUCACGAUCCAAGUCAACGUCCCACCGCCCAAGAAUUGCUCUCCUCUGCUUAUUUACCGCCGCCUCAGCUAGAAGAGACGGAAUUGCAAGAGAUGGUGCGGCACACGUUAUCCAAUAGUCAAAGUAAAGCAUACAAAUAUUUAGUGGCAUCGUGUUUCACGCAAGACGUUACGCCGGCCGAGGAUAUUACUUAUGACAUGAAUUUGCCCGCUAGGGGAAUGCCAAGCGUUCUUUCCUCAAAAAAGCAAGUUCUGCAGGAAAACGUGAAGCAAAAGAUCGUCGAGAUAUUUCAAAAACACGGCGGGAUAUGUCUCACGACUCCGCUGUUGAUGCCCAAGUCCGUUCAACAUUCCAACUUCACUGAGCACAGCGUGAAACUGAUGACGCGAACCGGUAGCAUCGUUUCUAUCCCACACGAUCUUCGGACUCCCUUCGCACGAUAUAUUGUGUGGAAUAAUAUUUCGCAUAUUCGGCGAUACGCUAUCGAACAUGUCUUUAGAGAUAAAAAGGCUCGAGGAUUUCAUCCGAGGGAAUUGUACGAAUGCGCUUUCGACAUUAUUAGUCCUAUAGACAACUUGAUGACCGAGGCUGAACUAAUUUUCAUUAUAUGGGAGAUCUUUAACGAAUUACCACAGAUCCGGGAAUAUAAUUUCAUUGUACGUUUGAAUCACACGUCACUAUUGCAAGCCGUACUGAUGUACUGCGGCGUGGAGAAGGACAAGUAUCAGGAUAUAUAUUCUAUCCUGCAGAACGCUCGCGAUGGAAAAUUAACGAAAUUCCAAGUACAAACGCAUUUGAUAAGCUUGUGCCUUACCGAUCAAGCUAUGGAAACGCUUUUCAAUUUGCUCGAAACGGAAAGCUCCGGCAAAAUCUCCAGUGUCUUAAGAACGAUAACGAAAAGAAAAGGGGAUGUCGCGAGUUUAGCCAAAGAGAGCCUAAAAGAUAUAGAGGCUGUAAUAUCUAACGUAGAAGGUUUGGGUGUUAAGUGGCCUAUUACCGUCGUACCUUUGUUAACGUAUAAUGUACAACAAUAUAGCGGUAUGAUAUAUCAGAUAACUUGCGAAUUAAAACAUAGACGAAAGCGAGGGGGUCAGGAUGUAAUAGCCGCAGGUGGUCGAUAUGACAAGAUGCUGAUGUCCUUCAGAAAGGUCUUGGAACGUACUGGAAUGGCGAGUAAAGAAACGAAGCAAUACGGCGCCGGUAUUAGUAUAUCAUUAGACAAAUUGGUAUCCGCCGUAAGCGAAGCGUGCGAGAAUCUGAACGGUGAAAAUAAAUGCGGCUGCAUCGACGUGGCCGUCUGCUGCGAGAGCGGUCCAGGAAGCGAGGGAAGACGAGAAAAAGAGAUGAUUAAUAUACUGCGAGAAAUCUGGUCGUUAGGAUUGAAAGUAACGACACUGGAUCUAUGUACUAUGGAAGAAAUAUUAGAGUACUGUCGAGAAAAUUCUAUAAGUCAUAUAGUUUUAUUGAGAAACGGCACUUUAAGAGUGCAAACGUGGGAGAGAGAUCGGUUCCAGGAGAAGAAGUGGAACACCAUACAGGAUAUUACCGAGUACUUGCAACGACAGUCGGAAACCACAUUGCCGAUAUUGAAUAGAUCUGAGAGUAAAGUGAACACGAAUGACGUAUCGAUAGCGCCGAAUAAUCCGGUCAAUGCUAAUAUCAAUUUCAUCCUUUCCGAGCGCGACAAACUGUCCGGAAGCGGGAGAAGAAAUUUUAAGAAUUCCAUACUAGCGCAAAUGUCAUUCUACUUGCAAAGAAUAUCGCAUAAAGUUCCUGUAGAAAUCUUUGCAGUCUUUUUGGAAAUGUCAGUCAUAAGAACGAUCAUUAGUUUUCUAGAAAUCGAUGAGGAGGAACAGAUAUUUCAAAAAAGUAUUCAAAUAGUGAGAGACAAGCAUCCACGUCAUAAGAAGUACAUUAAACAGAUAUGUGAGGAAAUGAAAGAAUUGCGGAAUGAAAAAUCAAAGCCUGUGGAGAUACUUUAUAGUUUAAUAGAUAGUGCAUACAUGACCCUCUUAUAAGUGAUAUUAUCAAAAUCGAGGAAUAUAUUUUUUCAUAGUAAUCAUGUGAAAUCAUUGAGAUGAUGAAUGAUUAGAAUGUAUGUUAAAUGUAAGACUAGAUACUUAAGAAUUUUUGUACUGCAUUAUAUAUAUUUGUAAGUGUAAAACGUUUCAUAAAAAACGUUUAAUAAAUAAAAUUAUGUAUAUCUUAUAAUUAAGAUAUGCAUAACAAUUUAAAAUAUAUACAGAUUUUAAUUCGAAGCUCAAAUAGAAAAGCUUUUAUGAAACAAUUUAUAUG